AAUCCCAUCUGGUCACACUAGCAAGCGUAGACCGAGUACUUUCCGACAAAUUGAAAUAUUUUAACAAUAAUGUCGGCUCACAGCGGCGGAACUGAUUGGAAUUUCGUGGUAAAAGCCCUGCUGCAGAACCGCACGGGCGCCCUAAACAAAAACGAAGUUGUUAAUCUGCUAAGAGCAAUCACACGCUGCGAACAUGAUUUUUUCGACGAGGAAAGCAGUUACACCCAGUUUUACACGGCCUUUGCAGCUCUGGCGGCCGACAAGCUUAUGCAAAUAAAGACGAUUUGCCAGACGCAGAUUUGCCAGCUGCACGAUGCUACCGCGGUGCUCAUCCGUUUCAUCAUCUACCGGCUGCCCCGCGUCUCCGUGUACGAGACCAAGUGGUUGCUGGUGGCCCUCAAGAUGCUCUGCGAGGGCAGGGAGAACGUCUCCAUGUCGUCGGGCAUGUUCGACUACAAUGCGGUGGCCACCGUUCUGAAGAGCUGCAAGCACCCAGAGAGCUCUAGCAAGAGCAUCCUACCCAGCAGUAGCAGCAGUUCGUCCAGUGGCACGGGUGGCAACGCGGAUAAGGAUUCACCCAAGCUGGAGAUAAAGCGCUCGAGGUCGGAUCUGUCCUCGGUGAUCCUACAGCAACUGCUGGCUCCUCUAGAGCCGGGAAAGAUGACUUGGGUGCCGCUCAGCGAGGAGGUCACCGACUGCACUGAUCAACUUUUGGCGGCCAAUGUAGAGUUCUUCCAGGAGCAGAACGGAGUCGAUACCCUGCUGGACGUAUGUGUGGGUCUUCCCAUACUUAAUCGCUAUCGUUCCAAGUAUCUGGAGACCAUUAACGGUGGCAAGCCGCUCUACCUGCCACUGACGCAAGUGGAGGCCACCAGCGUGAAAUCCAGCAUGAAUCACAUGCUCACCGAUCUCAAUAUAUUGAGUCAGGCUCAUGCCUUGAUAGUGCUUCAGCCGCUCACCCCCAGUCGCAUUGAACGGUUGUCCAGUUGCGGGAUCGCUGCGCUGUACAAUGCCGUAUUGGUUUCUAUAACCGCCAGUGUGCUGAGCAUGUGCCAGACGAGCAGCAGCUCCCAGAAGCAAGGUGCUGCUUCCACCAGUCAGGGAAGCGGUGGCGGAGGGGGAGGCUCCAGUGCUGGACAGAGUAGCAAGGACCAUGAUGACUUCGAAGAGCAGGCCUGCAGCAUAGUGAGCAAGGCUCUGGAGAUCUACUCCUGCAUCGGAGAUCUGUUCGAGUCGUCGGCAAGGAUGCAUGUGUAUCAGAAUCAUCUGUGCUACGGCAGCUGGCUGCUUAUAAGUGGCAUCCAGGGGGCCAUGGGUGCCUCUGGAAGUGGUACCUCUUCGGACACCUCCUCUAAAUCGGCCACGAAAGCAGCCAAGUCUGGAAGCGAGGCAGUAGCUCCUAGUACACCUAUAGCCAGGGUCAACCUAUUCAAGGUGCAGCAAGGAUUUGGAGAGCUUAAUGCGGCCAUUGCUAACCACAGCAUCAAGCUGCUAUCGGAACUGAUUGAAGAUCUAAAGAUAGAGUCUGCCUGCGGACCGAGUCCCGAGCCUACUGAGCUGCCGGAGCCGGCGCAAUUCGACAUCCUCCAGAGCUACAGUUCGCUGGGUAGGAUUGUGCGAGUGCUGAACACGGCCACCCUGCAUCAGCUGUAUACCUUCCUGGCCACGGUGGCGUAUCGCAAGGCCUGCACCCAGAGACGAGCCUCUGCCAAGGAUCGCGCUGAAUGCGAGCCCAUCAGCUACUCGGACUCCACCACCUACUUUAACGACUCCCUUUCCUGCUCUGACAACUCCGAGGAGGACGACAGCGAGAGCUAUCUAGGACAUUGGUUCAAGGAGACACUCUCCCCGGAAACCCAUGACGACAAUGCCAAUACAUCCGCCCAAGAACGGGGCGGGGGAGAGCAGAAGAGUUCGCUUGUCCCUAAGCUGGAUGAGCCACAUGAAUAUCUAGACUUGGCGGCGGACAUAUUUUGCUUCUUGGACGAAUUCCUGGCCAAUAAGCAUGCCUACAUGCAGCGCUACGUGAAAGCUGGCGUCAGCGAUCAGCAAAUGCUCCUCAUGGCCAAUAUAAUCAAGGAUUUUGACAGGGAUGUGAUGCGAAAUGAUGGGGAUCAGGGCGCGGGAAAUACUCCAGCCGGAAAUGCUAAUGCGGGAGCGGUUUCAGCAGCAGCCACUACGAAGUGGCAAACGGCUAUGAUUCGAUUUUCGGGGUCUGCUGGUCGCUACAUCCAUAAUCUGAUCUCCACUUCGCUGCUGUCCGAACAACUGCAGUCCAAUCUGCUGCAGCACUUGGCCAUCUCCCCCUGGUCAACGGAUACCAACACCUGGCCAUUGCAAGUUUACCCCAGUACCCUUUCCGUGCUCGUCCAAAUCCUGCUGCUGAAGCCCACGCAGGAGAAGGAAGCCGCCUGCCUGUCCGUGUGGCAUCGUCUCAUCAACACGCUCGUCGAAGGAGUCUGCAAUUGGUCGGCCGCCAGUGAUGCUGAGUACGAGGAUCUAAACAUUGAGCAUGCCCAGCUGCUGCUCUUCCUUUUCCACUCGCUCAAUCUAAUGCAAAAGAAGUCGAUCCUGCUCCUGACGGCAGGCGGGGUAAUACGCUGCGCGGAGGUGUGUCGCGGCAUCAGCGGCGAUCGUCCGGUGAAAAACAGCCAGAUGAUGCUGCUGUCGCGGCUCCUGCUGUUCCUGGAGUAUCUGAUGAAGCACCUAUACAACGCCCCGCCAGAACUGCUCGAUCAGGUGCGUUGGAAUCUUUUCAGCGUGAGCAGUAUGCCGGGAACGCAGAAGAUUACCGAUUUGCUUAACGGCCGCACCAAGUUGAACUCGUACUUCCGUCAGGACAUCGAGGAGAAGUUCCGCAAGUCAGCGGGGGAAUAUGGAUCUGCAAUUCGUCCCACAUUCUACACCCUGGUCAUGGCCGAUCCCGAAAAGCCCUACUGGGCACAAGAGUUCAAGUUGGAUGGCCUGGCUUGGAACUUUAUUCUCUGCACUCCGGACAAACUCAAAUAUCCCCUGCUGGUGGACGCCCUCACCGACAUUCUAGCCAUUGUCGACAUGUCGGCCUUUGCGAAGGACAAGGAGAGCUCCAAGGAUGCGAAUAUGCAGAGUCUGUGUGCAAUGCAGUACUGCUUUAGCAUUGCCUGGAAGCUGAUUUUGGGUCUGCCGCCCUCCACCUCGCAUGUGGAGUCGCUGAAGGUUGAGCCAGCACCCAACUUGCACUCGUUGAUCUGGAGCAUACGCUGUCCCUUGGCCAGUUCGCACUAUCUGGUGGUGAACAGCCUGAUUAAGCAGGGCAUGUACACCCAGUACUCGGAGACGCUGUGGCGGGAGGUGGGCGACAUAGCGGGCGACAUAAAGUAUAGUCUCAAGCAGACCAUAGUCGGCGUCGAGGCGUUCAAUACGCAGAUGAAUGGCAAUGGUACUCCUCGCCUAUCCGAUCUCAUCUUGUUUGAUUCGCUGGUGGCUCACAUGCAGGCCGUGGCCUGGGCCAACAAGGAGGGCUUAAAGCUGCCGCGCAAGGAAACCGAUGAAAUGGCCAGUGAUCAGUCCUCUACUGGAACUGGAACUGGAGCUGGAGCCUCGAGCAACGAUCCCGAUGUUUACUCCUCCAACGAGUCCAUCGAUGAGGAGAAGGCCCAGCAGGAGGAGGAGGGCGAGCUGCCAAGUGAUCUGCAGAAACAUAACCAACUAUUGAACGAGCUGAUGCUCAAGCUGAUGAACUCCUACCGCCUGCUUUCGGUGAUUGUUCGUGGCCAGAUGCUGAAGCAGUUGUCCAGCUCGACGCCGGAGCAGGCUCUCAAUCUGAUUGUGCCCAUUGUGAGCGAUAAGCCGGCCAUUAUGCUGGAGCUGCAUGCAGCCUUCCUUAAGCUCCUGCCAAAUGAGGACAAGCAACUAAUAGCGAACGAGUGGCCCAAGUGUCUGAUGGUCAACGAUUCCGCCUUCGAUGGCAAGCAGUUUCCCGUGGAACCAUAUACCCUGAACGUUAUAGACGCUCAUAUUACAGAGCUAACACGCGGUGCGAAUUACUCCACGCUGCACACCCUGAAGCACUGCCUCAAGUCCAUCCUGCACCUAUUCGAGCUUCUCCUGCCGCAUUGCUCGCAUGGCAACAAGGAGAUAGAGUCGCAGUUGAAGGGCUUGCUGAUUGCCUCAAUGCUGGACAUGCGCACGGACUAUCUGCAGGGACAGAGUGAGCAGUGCCUGCGGGAGAUCCUCAGCGGGCUGACCCUGGAGGCCCAGAAAUUGUUGCUCUAUGAGCACAUGAUUGGAUAUUGCUAUCGUAUGCUCAAGGAAUUUGCAGCCGAUCUGCGACAGUCGGCAUCCCCGCCUUUGGAUCAGGAGCGGUCCAUGUUCAAUGAGUCCAUGCUGUUUGCCGUGCUCAAGACCAUGAUUAAAAUGCUGGACAAACCGACGGGAGUGCAGGCCAUGCGGCAGUUCUUUAAGGAUCAGAAAUCUGGCAGUCUCACCACCCUUCUGCUCUCCUUCACGGGCACCAGUUUGCCCCUCAGCUAUGCCCGGAAGAUGCUGCAGUUUGUGGAGCGCUUGUUCCAGCAAUCCACGCAAGCAGACUCUCAGUUCCUGCACGACGAUCUGGUGGAGUGCUUCUCGGAGCUGGCCACAGUGGAUGUGGCACGUCUAAAGCUCUGGCUGGCCCACAUUAUCUACGGGCCCAAUGUAAACACUGAAGUGAGCACAUCGGAGGCCAUGGACACCACCUGCCGGCUGCUGACCAGCAUCAUGCAGCCUUCGAGCAGCUCCAGCAGUAAUGCCCAGACCCCCACCAAUAUGGCAACAGUUUCCGCCAUGCCCAGUAUCUCCGAUCAGCUGGAUGCCAUGGAAAUUGACUACGACUGUGGAACGGCAGCGGGCGGAGGUGGAGGAGAGAGCGGCGCCGGGGCCGGAGGUGCUGGUGGUGCCAAUACCUCACAGAUCUUGAGCCUGUGGCAGGCGGCACAGCCAAAUCCCUCGGAGGAGUCCUCCCAAGCCUGCUGUGAGCAGUCGGGAAGCGAACGAAAUGGAGCUCUCCUGCUGAGCUUUGUCAAAUCCUUGGUUAAGGAUCAAAGCAAAGCGGCGCAGAUAGCUCCACCCCUGUUCCAGGCUUUGCUGCAGCUGGGACAGACUUUGAUAUCGCCACCCCAGGAUACUUGCGACUUUGCGGAUGUACUCCAGAUAAUGAUUACCUUGGCAGACGCCAUUCCUGCACGCGGUCACGCGGCUCUGUUCAACACCACGGUCCUGUGGCUGGAGCUGGAGAAGCAGCAGCUGCCGGACAAACAGCUGAGGCAUGCAGAGAAUGUCAGUGCAUUGCUACGCUACCUCAGCGAACUCCUGCAGAGCAUCGGCUAUCGCGGUAGCCGGCAACACAUGCCGCCGUGGGAUGAUGAACUGCAGACGGAUCUGGACGAGCUGUAUGACGAGUUGGUUGAGGAGGGGGGAGAGCAGGACUCGCUGCUGGACAAUGACUCCGACGAGGAUACGCUGAACAAUAAGCUCUGCACCUUCUCGCAGACGCAGAAGGAGUUCAUGAACCAGCACUGGUACCAUUGCCACACCUGCAACAUGAUCAACACGGUGGGCGUGUGCUCCAUCUGCGCCCGGGUCUGCCACAAGGGACACGAUGUGAGCUAUGCCAAGUACGGCAACUUCUUCUGCGACUGCGGAGCCAAGGAGGAUGGGUCGUGUCAGGCUCUGAGCCGGCGUCUUGGCAGCGGCGAGGUGAGAGAUUCCGCUGGAGUUACCAGCUAUCUGCCAUCUCAUAUGAGCCUCCUGGCGGGGAAGAAGCGGAGCAGCCCGCCUGCCAUGCAGCAAGUUCCUUCAGCACGCAAGGAUUCCCUGAACAGCGAAAGGAUCGCUGUGCUAAGCAAGCUUCUGGAACCGUAUCGAGAGACCCUUCAGCAUCAGGAGCAGUGGCUGCUAGUUGUACGCUGCCUGCUGGAGUACUUUGAUUUGCUGCUGCCCUCGAUCCGGGAGAACUGCACCCUUUAUUCCAUUGUGGGCUGUCACAAGCGAGCAACGGCGGCUUUGGAGCGACUGCAUCAGCUGGAGCAGAGCUUCCAGGUCACGGAUCAACUGAUGUUCGCCACCCUGGGCUCCCAGGAGGGUGCCUUCGAGAACGUACGGAUGAACUACUCGGGGGAUCAGGGUCAGACCAUCAAGCACCUGAUAUCCUCCGGUGUGGUGCGUCGCGUGGCCUUCUGUUGCCUGUCCUCGCCACACGGACGUCGUCAGCAACUGGCCGUGUCCCAUGAGAAGGGCAAGGUGACCAUCCUUCAACUCUCGGCGCUGCUCAAGCAGGCGGAUGCCUCCAAGCGGAAGUUGACCCUAACCCAGCUGAGCUCCGCUCCCAUUGCCUGCACCGUGCUCUCUUUAGCCGCCAAUCCCUGCAAUGAGGAUUGCCUGGCCGUCUGCGGCCUAAAGGAGUGUCAUGUGCUCACCUUUUCAAGCAGCGGCAGCACCAACGAACAUAUUGUGGUCAGUCCCCAGCUGGAGAAUGGGAACUACAUCAAGAAGGCGGUCUGGCUGCCUGGAUCACAGACUCUUCUGGCCCUCGUGACCUCGGAUUAUGUAAAGAUCUACGAUCUGGCAGUGGAUUCGUACAGCCCCAAGUACUACUACCUGGUGGCCUUGGGCAAGAUCCGCGACUGCACGUUCAUGUACCAGGAUGGUCAGUACUACAUGCUGAGCUUUGCCAGCUCUGGAUACAUUUACACCCAGCAGUUGGAUCAGCAGAGUCUGGCAGUCCAUGGAGACUUUUAUGUGACCAAUACUUUGGAGCUGAGUCACCAGCACAUCAAGGAUGUCAACGGUCAGGUGGGUGGCGGAGGAGUGUCCAUCUACUACUCCCACACCAUGCAGCUGCUCUUCUACAGCUACUCUUCUGGAAGAAGCUUCUUCUCGCCGCUCACGAAUGUCAAUGACGGGGUGAAGGGCAUCUACCAUCUGGACACCAAUUCGGCCAGCAAAUCGGCCUCGAAGGGACCGCUCCAGCCGCUGGUUCAGUGGACCGAGGUGGCCGGCCAUCCGGGUUUGGUUUAUGCCAGCAUGCAGACAUCGAAUAACCCGAUUAUAUUGAUGCUCACGCCGGAAAGGAUUUACCUGCAGGAGAUAAAGGCGCAGUCGGCCAAGUCGCGCAUUAUGGAUGUGGUGGGCAUACGGCAUGCCGUGGCCGGAGUGGAGAAGACUACGCUCUUGCUGCUCUGCGAGGAUGGAAGUCUGAGAAUCUUCUCCGCACAGCCGGAACACACUAGCUACUGGCUGUCGCCGCAGGUUCAGCCCUUUGGCAAUCAGCUUUACUCCUCCACACUGAUGGUCAAGGGGGGUGGCAAUACUAAACCCAAGUCCAGUGCUGGUCCUGGCAAGCUGACCAACCAUCGCAAGGCUAGCCAGCAGCAGAAGCAACUGACGGCUGGUGGACAGCCCGUAUUUCCCAUCGACUUCUUUGAGCACUGCAACAUGCUGGCCGACGUGGAAUUUGGUGGAAACGAUCUUCUUCAGAUCUACAACAAACAGAAGCUAAAGACGCGGCUUUUCUCGACGGGCAUGUUUGUGGCCAGCAUGCGAUCCAAUGGCUUCACUUUAGAGGUGAUCAAUAACGAUCCCAAUGUGGUCAUCGUGGGCAUAAGGGUGUUGAUAGGCACCCAGGAUGUGCAGCGAGCACCGCUAUCGGUGACCAUUCUGGAACGCACUAUACCCACGCCAGUGAGGCGAGCCCGCUGGUUUGACAUACCGCUGACCCGGGAGGAGAUGUUCCAGUCGGACAAGAUCCUCAAGGUGGUCUUUGCCAAGUCCCAGGACCCACAACAUGUUACAUUGCUGGAUUGCAUUGAGGUCUAUGGCAAGUCUAAGGAACUGGUGGGUUGGCCAGAUGAAUCCGAGGAAGUUGCUGCCCCAGGAUCAAGUGUGCCGGCCGUGACCUCAGCCCAGGCGAGCAGCGCCAACUUUGGCGAGGGAUUCAAUUGCAUCACCCAACUGGAUCGCAUGGUCAAUCACCUCCUGGAGGUGAUGGACUGCGCCCUGAACCUGCUGGGUUCCGGAGUGCCAGCUGCCAUCCGUCAUAAGGCCAUGAAGACGGCCAGUGCCCUCCUGCUGCUGCCCACCCCCAAUCCAGUCCAGACCCAAGCCCGUUACGUGCUGGCCACCCUCUAUGGCAGCCGGAUGUCGUAUCACAGCUACAAGGAUGGUGUGCUAUUGCAGUUCGUUCACGGAGAGCUCCAGGCUCUGCAGCCGAAACUGGAGAAACUGGAAUCUCUGCAGGAGAUCGAUCCGGAGGCCUUCUACCGUCUGAUACUCCUUGUUAGUGGCAUUGCCAACGCUCGCCCACAGUCGCUGGCCAAGAUCUGCCAGGAGAACAACUACGACAUUGUGCCAUCCAUCAUGAGCUUUGUCCUGGAGCUGCACAAGGUCACCCCAUCGCUGGAUGAACCCACGAAUAUUGUGCGACGGGGCUUGUGCCAGGCGGAGACCAUUGUUCACUGCCUGGUGGAGAUUAUGUACGGAUUUGCAUUGGCUGAUCCCUCCCAGGUUGGUCGUAUGACCAAGUACUUUAUUGAUCUGCUCAAGCACGAUGCCAGUGUCAUAAGCCACAGUGCCAAGGAGGCGCUGAUCCUGCUGUUGAGUCCGCGAUUAAAGCGCCGAAAGGUGGCCAUUGUUACGCCGCCGGCCUGCUCCACACCAACGCCUUCAACCUCUGCCAUGCAGGCGCUGCAAGCGGUGGCAGCCUCGACGGCCAAUGACAUUAUCGAAGAAGCUGCUACCGUUGCCGUGGAUGCUGCAGUUGGAGGCAGCGGCGGCGGCGGAGGCGGUUUGCCCGACCCCAAUGCCGAGGCGGAGGGAGGUGUCGCUGGUGUGGGUCAGCAGCAAAUGCUGGAGAACCUAGAGGCCUUCAUGGGCUUUCCCCGACUGCUUGGUCUGCCCGAGGAUGCUGACGAUGAGGCCAUCAUGGACAUUGCCAUCGCCUUGAGCCUGCAACAACACGAAGGAGACGGGAAUGCUCUUCAGGCUCUCCUGGAAGGAGCGCCAAAUCUCAAUGGCAUUCGACAGGCAGCCGUCAUGGCAGCUGCAGCCAAUGCAGCAACAGCCAGUGUCUCCGCCGGUGGAUCUGAUGACGACGAGGGCUCCAAUGUGGCCACUGAUGGAUCAACAUUGCGUACGUCGCCAGCAGAACCAGCCGGCAGUGGGGGCUCGGAGAGUGGCGGCAGCGGAGUGGAAAGCAUUGGAGGAACAUCUGCGAGAAGCAGCAACUUCGGUGAUCAUGCGAAUGCCUCGCCUCCGCGACAGGGCUCCACCAAGGAUGACCAGGAGCAGCCUGGUCCCAGCGGGGCUGCCUGUUCCGGUGGAGCCUCUGGGCUAAGUGCUAUGAGCAGCAGUGAGGAUAACGAGAUCAACGAGGACGAUAAGCUCAGCAAGCUACAUGAUCUGAGAAUCGCCGUGCUGGAGAGCAUCAUACAACACCUCGGCACCUUCGAUCUGUGCAAUGGCCUGCAGGCCAUUCCCCUUAUCCAGGUCAUACUCAUGCUGACCACCGAUCUUAACAGCAACAAUGAACGGGACCAGCAAGUGCUCCAAGAGCUGCUUAGCGCCCUGGUAGACUAUGUGGAGAUUGGCAAGCGAGGAGCGGCCUCAAGGAUGGAAACCAAGUGCCCUGGCAACGAAGUGCGUCUCGCUUUGCUCUCACUCUUUGGCGUGAUGAUGGGCAAGACCAAGUCAAAGCAAACAGGCACAACUUCACCGCCGCAUCAGUUCAAGGAUAACACCUCCUUUGUGGCCAGCACCACGGCGAAUGUGCUUAGCAAGAGCGGCGCCUUUGUAUUUGCCUUGGAGGCUCUUAAUACUUUGCUGCUUCACUGGAAGAAAGUUUUGGGUGAUCCCUAUGCUGCGGGUGGUGGCGUGAGCGCCGUACAAGCAGCUCAGAGUAGCGGCAGUGGCAAUGGAGCUUCUGGCACGGGUGUGCAGCUCCUAAAACCGAUUAAACAUGGUCCCAAACCCGACAUAUCUAUACUGAUACCACACAACUACCUGAAGAACUACCCGGACAUCUUCGAGUCCUACGAUGGACUGCUAACCGAGAUCAUUGUCCGCUUGCCGUAUCAAAUUCUACGCCUGAGCAGCGCCCAUCCGGACACCUACGACAGUAGCUUCUGCGAGUCCAUGACCUUCACCCUGUGCGAGUACAUGAUGCUCAACCUAAACACCUUGCUGCGGCGGCAGGUGAGGAAGCUGCUUAUGUACAUUUGUGGCAGCAAGGAGAAAUUCCGCAUGUACCGCGAUGGACACUCCCUGGACGCUCACUUCCGGGUAGUGAAGAGAGUGUGUAACAUCGUGAGCAGCAAGACUGGUGCCCCAUACAACGCCAAUCCUCCUUUGCUCACUUACGAUUCACUGGUAGAACUCACCGAGCACCUGCGAACCUGCCAGGAGAUUAGCCAAAUGCGCACUGGAAAUUGGCAAAAGUUUUGCGUUGUCCACGAGGAUGCUCUGGCCAUGCUGAUGGAGAUCGCUUGCUACCAGUUGGACGAUGGCGUUUCCCCUAUUAUUAUCCAGUUGCUGCAGGCAGCUGUGUGCAAUCUGCCCGCCAAUGGUGCUAAUGGAUCGAAACUGCCGCAGCCUUUGCCUCCAACCUCUUCUUCCUCGUCCUCAAGCAAGGCGCGAAGUGACCGGGAGAAGAGCGAGGAUACCGAUGCCUACUACUCCAAGUUUGAUCCCGCCCAGUGUGGCACAUUUGUGCACCAGAUCUUCAGGUAUGCCUGCGAUGCCUUGAUCAUCCGUUUUGUGAGGAUCUUCCUGCUGGAGAAUAACAUCACCCAGCUAAGGUGGCAGGCCCACUCCUUUAUAAACGGACUCUUUGAGCAUGCCAACGAGAGGCAGCGUGAGAAGCUGCUGAAUAUCUUCUGGAAUCUGUGGCCCCUGGUGCCCACCUAUGGCAGGAGGACAGCUCAGUUUGUGGACCUGCUGGGCUAUCUAACACUGAGCACCAAAAGCAUUACAGACCGCCUGCCGGAGUUCGUGUCGCGGGCUGUGGACGUGCUCCGGCAGCAGAAUGAACUGCUCUGCAAGCAUCCCAAUGCGCCCAUAUACACCACCUUGGAGUCCAUCCUUCAGGUGAAUGGCUACUACCUGGAAUCGGAGCCGUGUUUGGUUUGCAACAAUCCGGAGGUGCCGAUGGCCAACAUCAAGCUGCCGUCGGUCAAGUCGGACUCCAAGUACACCACCACCACAAUGAUCUACAAGCUGGUGCAGUGCCAUACCAUCUCCAAGCUGAUUGUGCGGAUCGCCGACCUAAAACGCUCCAAGAUGGUGAGGACCAUUAAUGUUUACUACAACAAUCGCAGUGUCCAGGCAGUGGUGGAGCUGAAAAAUCGCCCAGCGCUGUGGCACAAGGCUCGCUCCGUGUCCCUGCAGUCAGCACAAACCGAACUAAAGAUUGAUUUUCCUCUGCCGAUCACCGCCUGCAAUUUGAUGAUCGAAUUUGCGGACUUCUUUGAGACUGUAAGCGGUUCCAGUGAGAAUCUGCAGUGUCCCAGAUGCAGUGCAGCAGUGCCCGCGUAUCCAGGAGUCUGUGGAAAUUGCGGCGAAAACGUUUUCCAGUGCCACAAGUGUCGGGCAAUUAACUACGACGAGAAGGAUCCCUUCCUCUGCCAUUCGUGUGGCUUCUGCAAGUAUGCAAAGUUCGAUUUCAGCAUGUAUGCUCGCGUCUGCUGUGCUGUGGAUCCCAUCGAGUCGGCCGAGGAUAGGGUCAAGACGGUAUCGCUGAUACACAGCUCAUUGGAAAGAGCGGACAGGAUAUACCGACAGUUGCUGACCAACAAGCAGAUGCUGGAGCUGCUCAUACAGAAGGUGGCCGAGCACAGGAGCAGCGAUCGCCUUGUGGAGGACAACAUGGCCAGCGUGCACAGCACCUCGCAGGUGAACAAGAUCAUCCAGCUCCUGGCCCAGAAGUAUUGCGUGGAGUCGCGCACUAGCUUCGAGGAGCUGAGCAAGAUUGUGCAAAAGGUCAAGGCGUGUCGUAGUGAACUGGUGGCCUACGAUCGCCAACAGCAGGACCAGCCACCGAUUAAUCCCGGAUCGUCAUCCGGAGCCGAGAUUCCCACCACGAAUCGCUGCUAUGGCUGUGCCCUGGCCUCCACUGAGCAGUGUCUGACCCUUUUGCGGGCUAUGGCCUACAACUAUGACUGUCGGGUUGGUUUGUAUAGUCAGGGACUGGUAAGCGAACUAGCCGAGCACAAUCUGCGCCGGGGAACUCCACAGAUUCAGGAGGAGGUGCGCAACCUAUUGGUUGUGCUGACCAAGGACAAUGCUGUGGCCUGCAUGCAUCUGUUGCAGUUAGUAACGGCUCGGGUGAAGAAUGCCCUGAUGGGAUCGAUUCCUUUGAUCAGCAUGGAGGCUGCCGUGCAUCAGGAGAUGACCUUGCUGGAGGUGUUGCUCGGUCAGGACGAUGUGUGCUGGGAAUACAAGCUUAAAGUCAUCUUUGAGCUUUUCAUAAGCAACUGCCGGCUGCCCCGUGGCCCGGUGACUUCGGUGCUGCAUCCCUGCCUGAGGAUUAUGCAGAAUCUCAUCUGCCCGCUGCUGCCCAGCAGCAAGCCCAACCAGCAGAAGGUGGCCACCGCCGAUCUGUGUAGCAUAAAGCUGCUCGAAGGCAACACAGUGGACUACCGGGCCUGGCUUAACUCGGAUAGGAAUCACGAGUACGCCGCCUGGUGCAGCCGGAUGCCAAAGAACAGUAGUCAGGCCAAGCAGAAGAACGCCAAGGAGCAGGCAGCUCCAGCAGAAGCACCGCCGAAGAGCAAGCGCGAGGUGCGGGCCACUUACCUGAUGGAGAAGUUCGGGAAGCGCUGGCGGGAGCGAGUGCUGGACAAGCAGCGAGUAACCAAGCCGCUCGUGUUUAAUGCCAAAUGGAUCCAGCCCUUGCUGUUCAAUGCCAACUCCCGAUUCGGACGCCAGUUGGCCUGCUCCCUGCUGAGCAGUCUGAGCAGAACCAACGAGCGGAGGCAGCAGGCCCUGAACAUGCUCACCUCGUUUCUGAAGCAUGUGGGCGAGGCCGGGGAGGCCAGUGCCGAGUACUUGAUGCUCUACAAGAGCAUGGCCACGGAGCAGCCUUGGCUGCAGUAUCUCGUCCUCAAGGGUGUCCUGGGUCAGAUAUCCCAGCUGCUGGCGAUUGAGAUAAGCAAGGUUCAUCGCAUGGAAGAGCACUCGCUCUCAUCGGAUCUCUCUCUAGGCUACGCUCUGCGUCAGUACGUGGAACUGCUGUGGCUGCUCCUCGAGUGUCCCAACAUUCGCAGGACCUACAAGACCCGCAUGCUGGGACCCGUUCUCGAGAGCUAUCUGGCCCUAAGGAGCCUGGUGGUGCAGCGCACGCGACUCAUUGACGAUGCCCAGGAGAAGCUGCUCGAGAUGCUGGAGGAUAUGACCACCGGCACAGAGGAGGAGACGCGUGCAUUUAUGGAGAUUCUCAUCGACACCGUGGAAAAGACUCGAAUGAAUGACAUCAAGACACCGGUGUUCAUCUUCGAGCGGCUGUAUUCAAUCAUCCAUCCCGAGGAGCACGAUGAAAGCGAGUUCUACAUGACACUGGAGAAGGAUCCGCAGCAGGAGGACUUCCUGCAGGGCCGUAUGCUGGGAAACCCGUAUCCCUCGAGUGAAAUGGGCCUGGGGCCACUGAUGCGCGACGUCAAGAACAAGAUCUGUACUGACUGUGAACUGAUCGCCUUGCUGGAGGACGACAACGGCAUGGAGCUGCUGGUUAACAACAAGAUCAUUAGCCUGGAUCUGCCCGUCAAGGAUGUGUACAAGAAGGUGUGGCUGGCCGAGGGCGGCGAUCGAGAUGCCAUGAGGAUAGUCUAUCGCAUGCGUGGUCUCCUCGGCGACGCCACCGAGGAGUUUGUGGAGACGCUGAACAACAAGAGCCAGGAGCAGGUGGACACCGAGCAGCUGUACCGCAUGGCCAAUGUCCUGGCCGACUGCAAUGGCCUUCGUGUGAUGCUAGACCGUAUCGGCAGCCUGCAGCGCAUCUCGCGCAAUCGAGAGCUUAUCCAGGUGCUGCUCAAGCUGUUCCUUAUAUGCGUGAAGGUGCGUCGCUGCCAGGAGGUGCUCUGUCAGCCCGAAAUUGGAGCCAUCAACACAUUGCUCAAGGUGCUGCAGAUGUGCCUGCAGUCGGAGAACGAUUCGAUACAGUCGGCGGUCACCGAGCAGCUGCUGGAGAUCAUGGAGACCAUACUCUCGAAGGCGGCUAGCGAUACGCUGGACUCCUUUUUGCAGUUCUCGCUGACCUUCGGUGGACCCGAGUACGUGACCGCUUUAAUCUCCUGCACGGAUUGUCCGAACGUCAGGAAUAAUCCCUCGGUGCUGCGCCAUCUCAUUCGUGUCCUGGCUGCCUUGGUUUAUGGAAACGAGGUGAAAAUGGCCCUGCUCUGUGAACACUUUAGGAACACCUUGAGCUUCAAACGCUUCGACAAGGAUCGCACGCCCGAGGAAGAGUUCAAGCUGGAGCUUUUCUGUGUUUUGACCAACCAAAUCGAGCACAACUGCAUCGGCGGCACGCUCAAGGACUACAUUGUGAGCCUGGGCAUCGUGGAGCGAUCCCUGGCCUACAUCACCGAGCAUGCUCCCUGUGUCAAGCCCACACUCCUGCGCACCGACUCCGAUGAGCUGAAGGAAUUCAUUUCGCGUCCGAGCCUAAAGUACAUCCUCCGCUUCCUUACCGGCCUAUCAAAUCACCACGAGGCCACCCAGGUUGCCAUCAGCAAGGACAUUAUACCCAUUAUCCAUCGCUUGGAGCAAGUCUCCAGUGAUGAGCACGUCGGUAGUCUGGCCGAGAAUCUCCUGGAGGCCCUUUCCACAGACGCGGCCACAGCGGCGAGAGUACAACAAGUGCGUGACUUCACCCGGGCGGAAAAGAAGCGCCUGGCCAUGGCCACGCGUGAGAAGCAGCUAGAUGCCUUGGGCAUGCGCACAAACGAAAAGGGUCAGGUGACGGCCAAGGGAUCUAUUCUGCAGAAGAUCGAGAAGCUGCGCGAUGAAACCGGCCUGACGUGCUUCAUUUGCCGCGAGGGUUACGCCUGCCAGCCCGAGAAGGUGCUGGGCAUCUAUACGUUUACCAAGCGCUGCAAUGUCGAGGAGUUCGAGCUCAAGUCGAGGAAGACUAUUGGCUACACCACCGUGACCCACUUCAAUGUGGUCCACGUGGACUGUCACACAUCCGCCAUACGCCUGACUCGCGGAAGGGACGAGUGGGAGCGGGCUAGUCUGCAGAAUGCCAACACCAGGUGCAAUGGUCUUCUGCCUCUUUGGGGUCCCGCCGUGGGAGAGGCAGCCUUCUCCGGUUGCAUGACCCGGCACAGCAGCUACAUGCAGGAGAGCACCCAGCGUUGCGACAUCUGCUACACAAGCAGCGUGCAUGACCUAAAGCUGCUGCUGGUGCGGUUCGCCUGGGAGCGCAGCUUCCACGACGAUGCCGGGGGCGGGGGUCCCCAGUCUAAUAUGCACUUUGUGCCCUACCUGCUCUUCUAUGCCGUCUACCUGCUGCUCUCCUCCCGCUCGGCGGCCAGGGACAGCAAGACGCUGCUCACGUACUUGCAGGCGGAGCCCGGCGAGAAGUGGCUGGAGUGUGGCUACGAGGUGGACGGUCCCCUAUACAUGGCCACCAUAUCCCUGUCGCUGCACAGUCGUGAGCUGUGGAACAAGCACAAGCUGGCCCAUCUCAAGCGGCUGUUGGCGGUGGCGCAGGCCCGUCACAUCUCACCGUCGGUGCAGUGCAAGGCUUUGUUGUCACCGGCGGAUCGUCAGGAGAAGGAUUACAGUGUGUAUAAGCCGUUCCUUAUGAUGUGGGCCCUGGUGGACUUGAUCUACAACGACCUCUUCAAUACGGUGAGCACGACCAAGGAGGAGGAUUGGCCAAUCUCGCUGUUUGACUAUCUGCGCAAAAACGACGAGGCUAUGUUGAAGUCCACGGACAACAUUCUGAAGACUCUGACGGAUGAGUUCCUGCCCUGCACUUCCUUUGGGGAAUUCUGCGAUGUGGCAGGCCUUCUACAUCUCAUUGAGCAGCCCGGCGCCUUCAUCGAGGGGAUCCUCGCAACCCUGCCUUCAACCACGAGCUCUAGUUAAAAUAUGCAAUCGUUGAUCCUAACCGACUAAGCCCUUGCUUAAAAUCUAAUACAUAUAUAUAUAUUUAUCACCUAAAACUAUUUAAUCAAUAAAAAUUAUUCGU